AUGUAAAAAGCAUAACUAAAAAACUUUUUUAAUAAUAAGCCUAAGUAUUUAAAUGGAGAAAAUUAACCAAAUAAAUUUAGUCUCAGAAAAUAUAGAGGCAAUUCAGUUGAUCAAGUCUUUAGAAAACAUUAGUAUGGAAUAUAAUAAAUAAAAGAUUAGAGUAGAGUAAAUACCAUCUACUCCUACAAAAAAAGAAAGAAAUAUGACACCACCAUUUAGAUAGAAAAUACCAUAAGAUUAAAUUUAAUAAGAAUAAUAAGAGAAAUGGGGAUCUUAAAAGCUGUAAACAGAAAAUCGAUAGUAAAAAAGUUAUUCAAUCAAUAAAGAAACAGAAAAUAAAAAAAAUAAAGAUUAACAUCUUUAAAAAAAGACUAACUCAAACACAUAAUAAAAGUAAGUUGCCAAAAAAUAUAUUUUUAAGAAUAAAAAAUACAGAUGAUCAGCCAUAGUUGUUAACGAUUACAGGAAAAUUAAAAUAGUCCAAUAAAAUUUCAGAAUUUCCUUAGAAUAAAAUGAAGUAAAGCCCUGUUUAAGUGAAACAAAACCAAAUUCCAAAAAUUCAAGCUAUAUAAGAAUAAAAGAUUGAAUCAAAAACUAAUUCCUUUAAAACCAUUUAAAAAAUAAAAGAAUCAAAACCAAUAAAUUUAAAAUAAGAAAUAAAGGUUUUUAAACAAUAAGAAGAUCAAACUUAAUAGAUUCUAACAACAAGAUAACGAACAAAUAACGUAUCUUUUUCUCCAAAUCAAAAAAUAUUAAAAACAGAACCAAAUCUCAUCUAAAAUUGCUUAUCUCCUAAAUUAAAAGCUUUAGUAAAUAUUUAUUUAUAUAAAGUCAUCUGUUGCUCGUCCAAUUUUUAAAGAUGCUAAAUAUUACAUAACUCCUUUAAUUCAUUUUUUGAGGGAAUCAUAUUUUCCUAAUACUACACCUUUUAAACUUUAAUUCAAAAUAGAAUUUUAAGAUUAAUAGUAGUAUUUUAGAUAAAAAUUUUGUGAUCAUUUUUUAGCUUCUUUUGCAAAUGUCAAAAAAUGUUAAGAUUUUAAAUUAAAAACAAGAGUAGAACCAAUUUAUUUAGAUCCACCAAAAAAACCUAAAUUAAGCAAAAGUCAUAUUAAAACAAUUAUAUUUGAUCUUGAUGAGACUUUGAUACAUUGCAAUGAUAAUAAUAAUAAUCCAACUGAUUAUGAAGCUACUAUUUAAGUUCCUAAUGAACCUGCUUAUAAUGUAAAUUAUUUGAAUUAUUUAUUAGAUUCGUUUUAAUCUCAGACCUAAUUGUAUUGAAAUGUUGUAAAUUUUAUCUUUAUACUAUGAAUUAAUACUAUUUACUGCAUCUUUUAAAGAAUAUGCUGAUAAAAUUUUAGAAUAUAUUGACCCAAAAUAAACUAUUUUUGCUUAUAGAUUAUAUAGAGAAAGUUGUGUAUGUUUAGAUGGAAAUUUGUUUGUAAAAGACUUAAGUGUUAUUUAAGGAAGAAAAUUAGAGGUAAAUAAAAAAAUAAUCAUAUAGCAUAUGGUAUUAGUUGAUAAUUCAGCUCAUUGUUAUUUCUUUCAACCUGACAAUGGUAUUCCAAUAAUCCCAUUUGAAGAAAAUAAGAAAGAUAAAGAACUUAUCUUUCUUACCGAUUAUUUUACUAAAUGUGAGAAAUAUCCUAAUUGGCUCGAUUAGCAUAAGCACAAUUUUAAAAAUUUUAUCCAUUUUAAAUCUGAGACAAUAGAUACAUGUUUAAGAAGAUUUGUUUGA